UUGUCCCAAUCGGGCCCCCGUAGAGGGGAAAUAUUUGACACACGUUUGUGUAUAAACAGAAAGGGGGAAAAGAACAUUUAGCAAAACAGAAAACUUCGGAAAACAACAAAGAAAAAACACGCAGGCAGCCUGAAAACAAGAAAAAGUGUUUAUGACAACAGGCAGAUGAAACUAAGGAUAAGAAAGACUACCUCCAAUCCAUGACCACAUGAAAAGGAUUUUAUUUUGAUCUCCAAGGUUGAAUCCAUGCUCUCUGAUGAACUGGACUCCAAGCCUGAGCUGCUGGUUGAGUUUGUGCAGAACGCCUCUAUUCCACUGGGGCAGGGGCUGGAGGAGUCUGAUCCCAAAGACACCUGUCUGCAUCUCCUUCCAACAACAGAGAGCUCUUUAUGUAGCCAGUUGCAGUUAACAGACACCAGUCUGAGCCAUGCAGCUUCUCCCUCUCUGUCAGAGUAUGAGAAUGAGAGGGAGCCUCUCGUGGUCCAGCUGCAACCUCACCGGCCUGUCAGUCUGUCUGCCACUCCCAGCCCUCCUCCAAUGCUGCAUGAACUACAGCACUCAGACAACACAUCUUUCAUACUGCUCAACCUAGCUAAAGGGCUGGCAGCCUCUGCAGAGCCCCUGGUGUUCGUGGAGGACGAGGUAGACAACGACAUCUCCACCGGCGAGAGUGCGGACGGAAGCACCCCCUGGUACCUGCGAGUGCAGGAGCUGGCGCAUGACAGCCUGAUUGCUGCUACAAGGGCGCAGCUGGCAAAGGACGCCAAGGCCAGCAACAGCGGCGAUCAUCUCUCUAGCUACCCACCUGAAGGACCAAAGAAAGAGACGCCCCCCUUACCCGAGCGUUCGCACAAUGAAAAGACUCUGAAGUGCACGUUUGAAGGCUGUCGGAGAACAUUCACCUGGCCAGCUCACCUGAAGUACCACUUAAAAACCCACAAGAAUGACCGCACAUUCAGGUGUGGCGCUGAGGGCUGUGGGAAGAGUUUCUAUGUAUUGCAGAGGCUGCAAGUUCACAUGAGGACGCACAAUGGAGAGAAGCCAUUUGUCUGCAAUGAGAAGGACUGUGGCAAGAAAUUCACAACCGCAGGCAACUUGAAGAACCACAAAAGAACACACACUGGAGAGAAACCCUUUCUGUGUGAAGCAGAAGGGUGUGGGCGCUCAUUUGCCGAGUACUCCAGUCUCCGGAAACACAUGCUUGUCCACUCAGGAGAAAAGCCGCAUCAGUGCAGUAUCUGUGGGAAAACCUUCUCCCAGAGUGGAAGCAGAAACGUCCACAUGAGGAAGCGUCACAGCAGCACGGCACCAGGCAGUGAGAGCAGAGCAGAGACCGGAGAAACAUUGACACACAGCAGUUUGCUGGAGGACCACGGAAUCGGUAGUGAUAGCAUGGUUUCUAUGACAACAUCGCGCACUUUGGAAGAGGAACCCAUGAAUCUGCACCAUGCUAUGCUCAGAUCACAAGGAGACACCUCCAUAGAAAACAUCCCUUCUGCAUCUGUGGUGGUACUGUCCCAACCACAUGACCUCGUAACCAUGGCAGCAGGUGGACAUACCUAUGGGGAGGAAGUAGUAGCUUUGCUACAGUAAUGUGUGUUCAGGUCAUGCAAUAGAAUCCCAAAUGGAAGUCAUCAUACAAACGUUUGCAGCUUAUAUCUGUAAAUAGGUUUUCAUCAUAGUGUCAGCUGAGUUUGUGAAGAGAUCCUCAGACGCCUCUUGCUUAGGAUUUCGCCUAAUGUGAAGAGGAGAAUGAAAUUCCCAGCAGUAGCAAGUGCUUUGUAUCUGUAGAGAGAUGCGAAGGCUUUUUUUCCCCAUUACUUAACCUGCUUGCUUCAAAGUACGGUAACUCUUAAAAUAACCAGAUGUUAACAAAGUACUGUUUUAUGAAUGUAAAUUCUAGAUCUUGCCUGGCGUCAGGAGAAAUGCUAAAGGCAUAACGGAAAGAUAGCCUGUAUUUUUUUUUUAUCGGGAAGUGUGCUAUAGCACAGACUCAGUGUUACAUGUAAAGUAAGCUCUAAGAAUCGAACUUGUAAUAUUUAUUAAUAUGGUACGGAACCUCCUUUGGUGAAAUGCUGUUCUCUAGAGACGAAGAGCAAAUAUUUUUGUUAAAGUAAUUAAGCAAUGUGAAUGUUGCCACCGCAGUUUGUAGCAUGAACACGGUGGGCAACUAAAAAUCAAUAUUAAAAAAAUGAGACCCAUUCUAAAUGGGGAAAAAAAUGCACUUCUCCCUUCCAUUCAAGAUUCUGAACUGUAUUGUUAUUAAAAAAUAAAUAAAUAAUAAUGUGUAAAUUCA